AGAGAGAAAGGGAGAAAGAGUGGCGCGUUUCGCGAUUUCCGCGGUCUCGCGAACUCCUAGUCGAUGUCCUCCGAGUUUCCAGGUGUAGUUCGGGAUCUAUUUACAACCGCGACAAGUAACGUCGUACCGGGCGAUAGUGGAGAAGACUGGGAGGGAGAUGUGUAAGAAUACAUCCACGUUCCUGAUACUAGAGUAGAGUAGCGCAAGGAAAAUCUUCGAAACGCGAUGGAUUCGAGAGGUGAGUCAAUCGCGCGACUAAGAGCCUCUUCUCGUACGAGCUGCGUCGUUGUCAUACACCGUUGGUCGCAGGGGUUCGUUUUACGCACGUAUGUGCACGUACAUCUCUCGCGCUUGACCGGGCGGGACGAGACGAGGUGAGGCGAGGCGAGGCGAGGCGAGGCGAGGCGAGGCGAAGCGGGGUGAGAUGAGGUGAGGUGAGCCGAGUCGAAGAUAUCGAUCAUUAUAAAUUCCGAGCUAUCGGCGAUCGAUCGAGCGCGACCCUGGUGCAUCGUAUUGGGUCGGCGUGCACGCGGGGGGUGACGGUCCCGUUUUCUCGGAUGCUGGUCAGAACGGGCACGCGCCGGUGAAUUCGAUUAAGGUGCGAAUCAUCGUCACGCGCCGCCUUCCCCCAGCCGGCGAAGAAAUCCGUGCGUGGAAUGAGUGACACGCGACGAGUGGCCACGCAUGCCACGCACGAACGUCGCUCGGUCGCUCGCUGACGAGGCACGGCCGGAGUUAAAAUUACGUCGACGUAAUCGUCGUCGCGCUCACAACACGGCCUUGCUUCGACCCGUGAAAUAUGACAACUACCCGAUGAGUCGCUCGAUGGUCACGGACGAUGAGGCACGCCAUCGAUGAUGGAUGGUACGUGUCGAGGAUGCUUUUCUUAGACGAACGCUGCCGAAAAGUAAGAGCGCUUCCACACACCUGUCGAGCUGAGUUCGGCAACAGGCGUAUCCGUCUAUGAACGCGCGCGCGCGCGCGCGCGUUGCAUUCUGUUGUGUAAAUUAUAAUGAGCGCACACGGAGAAUAUCAAGACGUCUCUCGCGCGACGCGAAUGACACGAGAGACACUUUCAAGUCUUUGCUCUCUUUUACACGCGAUUCUCCAGUCGAAUUUUCUCGGCGUUCGGAAUUCGAGCCGAGUCGCUCUCGAGGUAAACCGCGCGCUCUCGUGUAAUUUAAUCAUGUAACGGAGUUAUGUAAGGCGGAUCUUAAUAAUACGUCGCGUGUGAACGCACAGUCCAAGGUGUCUUUACGCGUUUCGCCACGACACGACGCGUAAAAGUCGCUGCUCCUCCGGGUGUAGCGAAUGCGAGCGCGCGUUCGUCUCUUUGAAUGAAAUCGUCGAUAGGACAGGAGCGCAAACCUCUCCUUUCGCUUUGCGUGCCGCCGAAAUGAACGGCAAACACCGGCACAAUGCGCGAAAAAGCGCGAAAGGCGGAGAGUUCGGUGAAGCCGGGGAAGACGGAGGAGUCGAUCGUCGUGCGUCGGGCACCGCCGCCGCCGGAGCGGCGCGACGGAGCAUUGAAGAGCGUCGCUUUUGUUGAAAAGCCGCCCGCUCGGCUCCGCCGACAAAGACGAAGGUGAACGCCGCGACCGGAUGAUGAUGAGCCAACAAUGAUCGGGGAUUCAUCAGUCUUUUAGGAGGCCAAUGUCACCCGCCGAGCGCGUCGAACGCGCCGCGCUUCCCCGCUCGUGGAUCCUCCUUAGACAUGCAGAACGCAUACGGGACACCGUGUAUAUAAUCCAGCGACGGUGGGCAUCGGAAAUCAGUCAGCUCGUACAACACAACCGGCUAACCAUUCCUACAACGAUGAAGGUACUCGUCAGUAUCGCCCUUUUGGCGGCCGUGGUUCUCGCCGAGCCGCCGAGGUAUCGCCCGCAGUAUCAGCAACAAAGACAAUAUUACUUCACUCGCCAGCAAGAAGAGGCGGCCGAUAACGCUCCUUAUGCCGCGUCCGGCUGGAAACCGACGGGACCGGCCUUUAAUUUGCCGGAAAGACAAUUCGCCGGUGCUCAGCAGUCUCAGCAGCAGUACGGAGCACCGAUUGCGGCUCAGCAACCUCAGCAGCAAUACGGAGCGCCGAGUGCGGCUCAGCAACCUCAGCAGCAAUACGGAGCACCGAGCGCAGCCCAGCAACCUCAGCAGCGAUACGGAGCGCCGACUGCGCCUCAGCAACAGUACGGAGCACCGGCUACGCCGCAGCAGCAAUACGGAGCUCCGAGCGGUCCUCAGCGGGAAUACGGAAUACCAGAGGAGUCUACGACGACCGAGAAUCCCAGCAACGAUGACGAAGAGGUAUCCACCGUUCAAGGCAUAACUUCAUCGGAGCCCGAGGCCGCGAACGCGGCGAACGAGCUCGAGGACGAGGAGCAGGACGACAAGCAGCAACCGCAGCAGACCGGGGAGUACUACGUGGCUCUUCCCGACGGCCGUCUUCAGCACGUGCGAUACGUCAGUCGUCAAGACGUCGAGGCCAUGAAGUACUUCGCCAAGAUCCGCGCGGAGAACGUGGAGCCCCUUCGCGGACCGAUCUACGCGUACGCGCCGCUGCAGAAGCUGCAGAUCGUACCGGCUGGCCUGCAAGUGUCCGUCGCGCCGGUCGCCGCGGUCGCACCUGCGGAGCAGACGACCAACAGCAAGCCGCAGAAACUCGAGAUCGAGCCGGUGGCAGCGCAAGUGCAAUACCAGUACGACAACCCCUCGAGCGUGGUGCCGUUGGCCAACCCUCUGAACGCUGCCUACACCACCUACACGGCGAACUAUCAAGUACCUGCGGCAGCCGGCGACUCCAGAUUCCUCCUCACCUUCCAGUAGAUCGUCCGGGGACCCUCCGCGCGGAAACACGACACCCUCGACACGAUUUCGCUCGACUGUGCGCUUCGCAGAUAUGUUGCGUUGUACAUGUCGCGUAACUUAUUGAUGAGUUAAGCUGAUGGUUAAGCUAAGUUGACGACGACAAUAAAGUCGAUAGUAAUGAAACUGACUUGUGUGUCUGCCUGUGCUCCGACUUUAUCUACUUCGGCGAUCGCGGCGUCGCUUUCGUGGCUGUUCGAUUUUCGUGUUUUCUUCGUAAAUUUGGAAUCGCCACGGUGCUGAUCGAUCCACCCGAGGGAGUAGCAGCGGCGAUCGUUGUGAUGUCGAUGAUUUGAUAAUUUUGAUGAUUCCACGGAACGUUCAUGCGCACGAGGGUUGUUUCGUAUCCUGCAUCGUUCCACCCUUCGUCCCUCGCGGUG